CGCGAAGUCCCGCCCCGGAGCGGAUUGUUUGGAGCGGUCACUCCCGGGGGGCUGAUGGAGGACAGAGCAGGAUGGCAGCCGGACUCAGGGCCAUGUGUAGGAGCUGAAGUGUUUGGAGAAAUCCAGUGUAGGUUCCAUCAGGCUGUGUGAGUGUGGAGACGAAGAGCCAUGCCACUAUUGAAGAGGAACAUCGAGCCCCGGCAUCUGUGCCGCGGCGCACUGCCCGAGGGCAUCGGCAGUGAGCUGGAGUGUGUUAUGAACAACACGCUCUCUGCCAUCAUUCGCCAGCUCAGUAGUCUCAGUAAGCAUGCGGAGGACAUAUUUGGCGAGCUGUUUCACGAGGCCAACUUGUUUUAUCUGCGCACGAACUCCCUGCAGGAUCGCAUUGAUCGGCUCGCCGUCAAGGUCACCCAGCUGGAUUCCACCGUGGAGGAGGUCUCUCUGCAGGACAUCAACAUGAGGAAGGCCUUUAAAAGUUCUACAGUACAGGACCAGCAGGUGGUGUCCAAGAGCAGCGUCCCAAUCCCUGUGAAAGAUAUGCACGAGCUGAGUGACCCUCCUCCCCCGCUCAACAUCCUCUCACCUUACAGAGACGAUAAUAAGGAAGGGCUGAAAUUUUACACGGACCCCUCGUACUUCUUUGACCUGUGGAAGGAGAAGAUGCUGCAGGACACAGAGGACAAGAGGAAAGAGAAAAGACGGCAGAAGGAACAGAAGCGCUGCGUGGACGGCACGCUGCAGAGAGAAGUGAAGAAGGUGCGAAAGGCUCGUAACCGGCGUCAGGAGUGGAACAUGAUGGCCUUCGAUAAGGAGCUGAGGCCCGACCUGCGGCACGGCCACACGGUGCACAGAGCCGGAUCAUCUGAGAGCUCCAUGUCGCCAGAACACAGGUCUCAUGGCCAAGACCACCUGGACCAUGGCUAUCUGGCCAUGUCAAACAAUGCAGGCCACGCCCACACGUACUCCGGCCCUCCCCCCAGCAUGGCGGCCCUCUCGGCUCAUGCCCACAUGGAGCAGGAAUACCGGACGGGGUCUAUGGUGUACCGCUCAGGCACACUGGGUCGUCCACAUCAGGCCCCACCCCCUCCGCCACCCACAGAACGUAUGAAUGGCUCCAUGCCGCUCCCACCAAUGGACUACAGCAGUAUGGAUUACAUGAACUCAAGUCCACCCCCACCACCCCCAGCACCUCUCAUUCCAUCAUCCCCAGCUGCCUUCGCUAUGCCCCCUCUGGGUCUAUCUCCAGGCCCAGCCACCAUAGGCACAGGUUACAUCUUAUCCUCUUCACCUGCCUCUGGAUCACUGGCUGCUCCUCCUCCACCAGGGCCACCUCCUCCUCCACCUAACGGUACCCAGCUAAUCACACCCAAACGGCCACCAGCGCCACCUGAAGCCCUGCCCACGACCGACGCCCGCAGUGACCUGCUAGCAGCCAUACGCAUGGGUAUCCAGCUGAAGAAGGUGCAGGAGCAGCAGGAGCAGCAGGCAAAGCGGGAGCCGGUGGGGAAUGACGUGGCCACCAUUCUGUCCCGCCGCAUAGCGGUGGAAUACAGCGACUCCGAGGAUGACUCUGAGUUAGAGGAUAAUGACUGGUCUGACUAGAAACACACUCUCCUUCGACCGCCGUAACACUGCAGUAUCUACAGUACAGAGAUGUGCAGAAGUCAAAAGUCUGGACCUGAUCGAAUGUGCUCAUCUGCUGAAAAGGCUUCAUUUUGAAGUACAAAUUAAUCAUUGAUUUUAUUUUUCCGGAAGCUAGGAUUCUAUCCAUCUGAAAAGGAAGUAUAUUUAGAAUGAAAACGUGAAGACUUGAGUGCUCAAGGAAGGCUGGAUGUCUCUUGUGCCUUCGUAUUGAUAGCGAUUUGUAUAAUAAUGCAGGGUAAUAUUUACAUUUAUGGCAUUUUAUCAGGCACCCUUUUCCAGAGGCUCUUACAAUUACCGUAUUUUACAUCCGAAACAGCUAAGGGCCUUGCUCAAGGGCCCAGAACUGACAGCUUGGUUAGGAUUUGAACUGACAACCUUUCGAUCAGAAGUCGAGUGUACUGAUCACAGAAUUAACAUUAUUAGAUUUAUAGUCAGGGUUAACGAAUAAACAAAUACAUUUCUGCAUAAUUAUAAUAAAUCGACCCACAUGACAUCAAGUAUUUUAGCCAAACUCCCUCGUUUAAUUCUCAUUCGUCUAAAAUUAGCUGAAUGAUAAGAUAAAUUAGCUGGAGCAGCGAUUAAGGGGUCCAAGCACGAUGCAGGGGACUGGCGAUGACGAAUCGAAAUGAUCACGAAGUAAUUCACUGGCACAUGUUUCCACUUGGUGAGAGCAUGAAUUCGAGUUUCCUAAAUCAUCCUCCAGAUGAUUAAUUAAUUAAUCUCUGAAAAGUCAAUGGAGACGAUUCUGGUCGUUGCGGUCAGUUUGCAUGGAAUUAGCGAUUUCUGUAUGUAUGUAAGAGAUGGGAUGUACUAUGAUGUACUCAUUUGAAUAUACAAGGUUCCUACGCAUUUAGGAAAAAGCCCAUCCUCCUCCGCCUACCGCCCACCCUCCUCCGCCCAACGCCCACCCUACUCCUUUCGCAGCCGGGUUUGUGAGCUUCCAUGGCAGAGUGCUUUAUACCUAUCUCUACAACUGAACACCUAUAGGGGGGGUUGAGGGCCUUGCUCAAAGGCCCAAAAGUGGCAGCCUGGUAUGGCCAGGACUUAAAGCCACAGAACCCAAGGGAUCAAAAGCCCAGUAACUUAACCACUAGGCUACCAUUUUCUUAACGCAUGAUAUAUUUGGAUCUUACAAAUCAUUAUGUUAAAUAUGAUCUAAAAAUCUUUAGGGAAAUCUGCAUAUUUAAGUCUGGAAAAGUUUUUUGUAAUUAAAUAAUAAAAAUGUGUAGGAGCCCUGAAUAUAGAGUAAAUGUGUUUACUGUUCCUCAAGUGUAUUUACACUCGAGACGACAACAGGAUUUUAACAAACAGUUUAGACAGGAUGUUACCCAGGGUCAUUUCUGGAUGUUAAUAUCUCAAAACAGUGGAAUAAUGUUGAAUGGUUUGGACUUUUUUUUACACGUAAUAACGGCCAUAAUGUAAAACACUGCAAUCAUUGGAAUAAUAUUGGUUUAAUGAUUCUGUGAAAAAAUGCAUGUACAGUUUACACAAAUGCCCGGUGCUUGUUUGGUAUGUUUGGUAUGUCGGCUCAUUUGGUGCUUGGACCCCUAAUAAAAAAUGGCGCAUCUGAA